AUGCCGGACAGCUCUACAUAUCUGCAUCCCCUUCCCCUUAGACCUGCAGUCACGUGGCCUCCGCCUGCAAGAGGGGAGGACGUAUAUAAGGGCCGACGAGGGCUCACAGGACGGUCAGUCCCUCGCAAGACACCGGCAAUCAGCAUGAAGGUCCUCGCAGCUCUCCUGGCUCUGUGUGGCGUGGCCGCCGCCAACUCCCCCUUCCGCUUCUCCGACGGCUACCUCGACGUCCUCGGCGCAGAGCCCGUUCAGGCCUUCGACUGUGCCGGUCGAAGCUACGGCUAUUACGCCGACGUCAGCAGCGACUGCCGAGUGUUCCACGUGUGCCUGCCCGUGGCUGACGACCUGGGCGACGUGCUCGAGACCGCCCACUUCUCCUUCUUCUGCGGCAACCAGACCGUGUUCAGCCAGGAGUCCCUCACCUGCGCCCACCCCGAGGAGGCCUUCCCCUGCGACCAGGCCGAGACCCUCUUCGACUCCGUCAACGCUCUCUUCGGCGUCAUUCCCGACGAAAAAUAAAAUAAACUAGGGAAAAUAAGAUAAAAUA